GUAAAAUUUACAAAAUCAUAUCAAGGACGGACCAUAAAGAGCAAAGUUGGUUUAUCUGUCAACUUCACAUGGACAUUUUCUGGUGAUGUGGGCGCAGUUGAUUGGGGAAUAAAGAGAGCUGGUGUGACUAAUGAUUUUGAAUCAAAUGGAAAAAUAUUGUCCUUAAACAAAAAUGGUGCGCAAACGUUUCUAAAUCCCGGAUAUGUUAGUCGUGUUACUGGGAGUCGUAGUGGAAACUUGAAGUCUGGUGAAGUCUUCUUUUCCCUCAAUGCCAUUAGCAAACAAGAUGCAAACCAUUACCUCUGCAUUUUAAGAGCAGGUUUUGGGCUUUCCGAUCAGUAUGAUGACGUGCAGUUGAUUGUUGAAGGUAUUAUUAAUUCAAGGUCAGUUAUUAUCAAUAGCAUAAAAUCGUUUCACUAUAGAAAAGGUGUAUCGUGAUGACUUGUAGAAAAUCUUCUAAUCUAAUAAGUGAGCGUCACUGGGGCAUCUUAAAAUAAUUAACAGUGGCGUUCAUUAAUAUGUAGACUUAUAGCUAGCAAUAUCGAAAAGCGAAAGAAAUUCACAUAAUCUACUUCAAUCGCAGCAACUGAUGGCAAACUUUGAUAUGAAUGGAAAGAGGAGAGGCUGUUUAUCAAUAUUACUUCUUACUCAUAAACUUUUGUAUCAUUAAAUGCGUAUUCACCAAGUGUUCGGUCAUGGCUGGAUAUUGGCCCCAGUUCUUUUUUGUGUUUUUAUUGCCCUAGACGAAGUCGAGGUUAAAAGAAAUGCAAAAUAAAGAACGGGGCCAAUAUUUAACGAUUACUAUACAUUGCACUUUUUAUCCGUCUUCUCAGUGGCUAAGAACCUACAGCUAAUUUUGGAAAUCAGUACAACCUACAGAUUAGUCAGGUUGACUAAUCUGACUAUAUCAAUUCAGGUUCCUUGCGAUGGUGUGUUUGUCGUCAUCGAUUUUCUUACAAUGUAUAAUAAAACAAUUGUUAGAUUCAGCUUUUCUGAUAUCCUAAAUAAUCAAGUUCUCGGUAAGUGUUAUCAGCCUCGGCCUUCGGCUCAGCUGAUAACACGUACCUCGACCUUGAGUAUUCUGAUCUUGCUGUUCUUGCUAUGUUUUUAGCCAAUAGUUCGCCUUUUUCUUCCUGGCGAAACGAGUGAAAUGUUCCGGGAAGAAAGACCAACUGGUCAAUGACGCGUACUCGUUCCCGAAUGGACAAACUCAAUAAUAACAUCAUUUUAUUGGUUUCAAGUUUCAUGAGUAGAUGUCAAAAUUCUCAGUCGAACUCACAAAGCUACAAAAAGCUGCUCAAGCUUCUAAAAUGGAACUCAAACCAAAAAGAAAUAGAGAAAAAGGUAACGAAAAAGGCCUCGCCGUCACUCAGUUCAUUCAGUAUUACUCACACGGUCCCUUGAUCGCAUGGUCCGGAGUGUUGUGGUUUCAGUGCUGCAAAGCUGCCCUAACAUUAGCUGAAUGUUGAGUGUGUAGCUUUUGAAGCUGCCAAUCGCUGCAACCGCAAAGAAAUCAGAUCCCAUCUGCACCGGAGCAGACUGAACAUUUGUGACUGAUGUGGUGGAAGAGUAGAGAUGUUUCUGUUCGAGUGGAAACUUGGUUGUUCCCUGAGCGGCUCAGCGCAAGCGACAUUCGCCGUUGAUGCUCAUACGAGGCGGAUUCGAAGGAAACGAUACUUUCUAAUCUUCGGCGACCAAAAUUCGCUGCAACUUUUGCUUCAAGAAGACGUGAAAUGUACGUUUUUCGCCCCGGGUGGUUGGAGACUCUACACUACAACCCUGCAUUUUCUCGGUAAAUUCUUUGUAGAUUUUAACCGGACAACGUUUAUUUCCAGUUUCUUCCUCGGUGGGAUGAAAAGAGCGAACACUGUAGGGUAUGCCUUUGCCUUGACGGGUUCCGGACCCUCGUUCAUGUUUCCACAUAGGAAUAUCGUUGUUUCUUUCUCUGUCUCUCGUCAAAGCAAAUUAACGUCUUCACAUUUCAGCCCGCGAGCACGAAAGCCAAAGUAGAGGGCAAGUAUCCACCAUAUGGUAAGUUAAAGGAUAUUCGGUUUUGAGGUGCUAAAUUCUCUGCAAGCAAAACGUUUGUCUUUUUCUGCCUUUGUUAACUCACGGGCCGUGGUUGUGAUUUUAUCCUUUGGCCGACGUCUACCACGAGUCGUCUUUGCUUGGCACUUAAAACCUCUCUUGAAAGGUUGAAAGUAUCUCCUUCAAUGAACCAGCUUCGUUCAAGGAACUUUGAAUGCUUCGCUGGCAGUACUUUAGACUGCCAGGCUCCUACUCAUUUCCAUAUCCAGUUUCUUAAUAGUUUUUUAAAUAGUGUAUAAAAGUAAAUUCAGUUCCUCCUAGGGAUAUAAAAGUUCUUUGUUCUCGCUUUCUGUCAGACAAAACCUCUUGCAUGCACUCAUAUCACUUUGAGUGUUUAAGCUUUUGUAUUAGCUGGGUUUUUGUUGAAAAUAAAUUUACGAAACCUUUCGUUGUUUUCUUUGUUUUUACAGACUUUGUGAUGUUUUGCUGUUGUGUCUUGCUGACGUAACUCUUUUUCUAGUAAAAGUAUCCUGUUCCAGGCUCCCCGAUCGAAAUCGAGAAAGACGGAGAAAUCGGCGAAGCCUGUGCGCAUUUUUUAACAGCCUGUUCCGGUGUAUCAACUCCUGAUAUACCCUCUGAUUAGCCAAUUGUGACAGGUAAAAUGAUCACCUAGUAGCGUGGUCAACAGUUUUUCAUCAUGAAGAUGCCCAACGCGAAUCUCGCGACAAGUUUGAUGAAUACACAAUGUCGUUUUCUACUGAUGAUUCUAAAGUAAUUGCGAAAUGAGUAAUUACAUAGCAUCACGCUCCAGUCCAAGUACUCUUGUUAUCUAAAAAAGGUAUCACUCUCGAUAAUUUUUGCUUUUUUUAAUUUUGAUCUGCAUAUCACUAUCCAAAGAGCUGGGCCCACCAUUAGAAAAGGAAAAAAAAAAAGCUGGAAAUCAUUACAUUCACUGACAAAACAACUAGUGAACACAAUUACAUACUGAUAGAGUAAUUCAGAUCCACGCAUUCCGGAGAAAACUAGUGGGGCUAAAGGCUUUAUUAAACCUCGCACGAACAAAGGCCAUAUAAUGUCAGUUACUGCCAUCAAGUAACGCCUGUAUUAUGUUAAAUUAAGCUUUCCAAAACAUCUGUUCUGGUUGAUUAUCCUGUUGCACACACAUGUAUUGUAUACAUAAAUUUUAAUCAAUGAGGUUAUGUCUCUCGGUAAAAUAUACUAGGAUGAGCCCAGUAUGGAUACUGCAAAUGUAGAUCUGUUUUGCUCAAAGUGCUAACUAGACGGGCAGAUUCAAACUUCUCGCCUUUCUACAUGAAAACGGGCUUGUAGAUCAUAUUUAUGUAAAGGGAAUAAAGCCUUAACAACUAAAUUCAAAAGAAAUUUCAAAAUCAUAACAUAGUGUGAACAGACAUUCUGUAAACUAAAAUCAGAAUUGCGAUAAUCUUAGUGAAGGCCACUAGUGUAAAACAUCAACAAGCUAUUGUCAUACUCUUUACGAGGAAAGCUUAAUGGGGUUGAGUUGGAUUCGCCCGGUAACUUGCAAGGAUGGCUGGAUUUGCGGAGAGCUCGACACAUUAAUCAAAGGCAACAAAUGACCUAACAUCAGAGCUGGCCUGGGUAGCUGGGAUACCGAGAUAAAAGUCUGCUCUUUAUUGUUCAUCUUCAAUUAGAAGCUUGACAUCUACUUACCUUUUUCUUCAUUUCUCUCCUCAUGUGUUCUUUUACUUCAGUGAAAUCUGAAAGUCCGUGAAAGUUUCAGUUGUUUCCUGACUUUUUGAAUUUACUUUUUGAUAAAAUUUAAUCUGGCUAAACAAAUUCAAACUCUUGACGUGGCCAAUAUCUUGAAAAAUGAUUAACCUUAGAUAAUGCCACCACCGGCAAAGAUUCUGCACGUGUUCGCGCCCGCGGAGCAAGAGGCAUCGCGCGUUUUGCUACCGUGAAGAAAACGUCAGUUAUCUUACAUCACGUCAACGUGGGUAGGAAAGUGAGGCACCAACAUAGAUCGUCCCGAUAAAAGGGGCAAGAAAAAAUACAAAAUAUUUCUUCAAAACAGUUUUCUUCUAAAGAUCACAGUAUUACAAAUUUUAAGCCAGCUCAGUAAGCAACGUUUUGUCCUUGUAUUGAUCUGCAAUGCAAUAUAUUAUUUUAAGUUUGGCCUUUUAAUUUGCCUCAUUUUGCAGAGAUACCGAUUAUAACUCAUCCUGAAUCAGGCAAGGUAACUUACCGUGAAAGCGAGGCUGUUAGUAUCAGCUGUAAAACCUCUGGUAAACCAGUCCCAUAUGUCAGCUGGAUUCAUAAUGGAAGAGUGAAGAAUUCUGGCUCUAAAACAGCUACACUAAAUUUUAGCUCAAUCAGUAAAGCAGAUGCAGGAUCGUAUACAUGCAAAGCGAACAACUCCGCUGGGAUUACAGAAAAGCAGCUAAUACUGCUAGUAAACUGUAAGUAUCAUAUGACACAUUCAUUCGUCUAG